AUGAAUAUAUGUCUAUGCUAUCUUGCUGACCCUGGAUAUCAGCAAAGUAUUGGUCAGGAACUUGGUGUUAGUCAAGCAACGAUAUCUCGGACUGUGGAUAGAGUUGUGAACAGCAUAGUUGCACAGUCGAACGAAUGGAUCAAGUUUCCAACUACCAACCAUGAACUGAUGAAGGCCAAGCAGAUAUGGCGAAGCACGUAUAAAUUUCCGACAGCAAUUGGUGAAAUUGAUUGUACACAUAUAGGAAUCCUGAAACCAUGGGGAUGA